AUGACACUCUCUACAGCCAUGACCAUCACUGCCCGCGUCGCCGUCACUGGCUUCCUUUCGGUCUCUUGCUUCAAACGGGCUGUCGUCGACAAUACCGCUCAGGUCCUGUCUAAAGCAGAGAAGGCUUCCGCUGGCCUCGUUGUAUACUCUGUCUGCUUGUCGACGAUUACGCUGGUUCUCGCCGCCGACAAAGCUGCACAGAGGAUCCUCAGCAACGAGCCCAAGCAUAGGCCCGCCACUUCAAAGGACGACGACUCUCUUCCGUCCAUUAAUGACACCACCACCUCCCUCGCACCUCAGCCUCUCGAACCAUCUCAUUUGCAGCCAUUUCUGUCUCCAUCUCAAUCGCAUUUAAUCGAAUCGGCGGAAACAAUAUCCGUCUCAAUUUAUACUUGCGCGCCUAAUGAAAAGACCACUGUAGAACCUUAUAAUUUGCAGCCAUCUCUGAAUCCAUCUCUAUUGCGUUUAAUCGAAUCGACGGAAAUAACGUCCGCUCCAAUCACGGGUUCUAAUAUUUGUACGCCUUGCAUUACUCCCACUUCACCGGACCUCUACUGCAAACGCCUUUCUAUCGAUUCCAGCACCACUCUUGUACCCCAUGACGACGACCCGGUUACUCGCGUCUUCUCGGACGAUGAUGCCUCAGAUGCCAACGACUGUGAGCCGUUUUGUGACGAGAGCACUAUCCAUGAGGACGAUCGUUCUGAACCGCAGCUUCAGAAGGACCAUGCACUAGAACCUAUGUUUGUCACUCUAAUUGCCAAAAUGACAGCUCUCACUCUCGAUGACCCGCCUCGUCUUUCCAAGCUUCGACCACUCAUUCUAGUCAAUCACCGCCACAAUGUAUCUACCGUCCAUUGUGUUCCGCUUCCUGCACCCGCAUAUUCUGUGGACGCAUUGGCCCGACGUUUGGAGGCGCGCUCUCUCUCCGAUACUCCAUCUACCGAUCCUGGCGUCGUUUUUCCUGGACCCAGCUGUCCCAUCGGUGCGCUGUCUCUCGGAGAUCGCCCGGCAUCCACCUCGAAGCUGAAGCCUCUGAUACUAGUCACGAAGCACGCCACCCCACACUUCAAGCUGGCUCCUCUCGCAACUAGUCUGCUUCGACAUCCACGCGGAGCCAAAUGUAUUGGCCUUUCUCACUAA